AUGAAGUGGUAUUGUUGAUGUUACUAUUUUUUUUUGUAUUUGUAAUGUUCUUGACGUAUAUUCCGGCAAAUCUGCUAGUUUCCGAUAUUUGAUAAGAUAAGAAUGGAUAGUUUUGUAAGCAAUUGUAUGAGCUAAACGAAAAGAAAAAGAGGGCAUCGAGUGGAGCAAUUUUAAGUCUGAUUAGAAACAAUGUUUCAGAGUUUCUUCAGACGUAUAUCUGCUCCUAAUAAUGACCCAAACCGUGUGAUAGAAGUUCAUGCUGAUGAUUAUAUCUGCAAUAAUGUGGUUUGUCGAGAUGACUGUUUGGUGCUAUACAAGACUUCUGAAAAUGAAAUUCAGAAGCUUGAUAUUGUCAUGCAAAUUGAUAUAAAUCAUACUUACAAUAAAGCUUUCAGCAUCCAUAGAACAAGUGAUGAAGUGAAUGGGCAGUUACUCUUUUGCCAGUUUCGAGACAAGCUUCCACUUCUCGUCCAAUGUGUACCUGAAAUUGGAACUUCAAAGAUUGCCCUACAAAGUGUUUCUCAACUUAUUCGAGAAAAUCCAUCCUGGACAACAGCUCACAUUGCUGCCCAUCUGGGAUAUACAGAAUGUUUUAAAAAUAAAAUUAUCCAAAGUCAAGUGAAUGUAGCCUGUGACUGUACACUACAGACUCCUCUUCAUGUAGCUGUAGAUGCUCAACAAAUCAACUCUGUCAUAGCUUUGAUGGAAUUAGAUGCUCGCAUUGACUGUCAAGAUGCAAAUGGAAACACGCCUUUUCAUCUUGCUGCCACCACUACCAAAGAAAUAAUUCAAGCUUUGACUAGAAAACCUGCUCCAACUGUGAUAAAUAUGUUUAACAGCAAAGGUUGUACUGCAUUCCAUUUAGCUUGUAUGGCUGACCGAACAGACUGUGUUAUGGAAUUUUUGAAAGCUGGAGUUGAUGUAAAUUUAGGUUGCAUUCUGAAUUUAACUGAAAAUAAUUGUUCUGCAGUUGAUUCCCCUUCAAGGUCAAUGAAGGAACUGCUGGAUACUUACAGCAAUCGAUUUUUCAACAGUGAUAUUAAAUAUGGAGGGACACCUUUGCAUUGGUCUAAAACACCAGAAUUGACAGAGCUUCUGAUAGAGCAUGGUUGUAAUGUAAAUGCCAAAAAUUUCCAAGGAGACACUGCACUUCAUGUGAUGGUGAAGCGCAACCGCAUCUCUUGUGCUGUGAUGUUGCUUAGCCAUCAAGCAGAUGCAGAUAUUCAAAAUUCUGAAGGAAAUACUCCUCUUCACUUGGCUGUUAAGAGUGGGGAUAUCUCUCUGGUUCAAACUUUUAUUGCCUUUGGUGCCGAUGUGAACAUGUUGAAUAAUAAUGGGGAGUCUCCUCGUCAUUUAGCUGCUACUGAUAGGAAAGUUGCCAUGGGAGAAAUUCUCUACGCUCUUCACAUCAUUGGGGCAAACCGCUGCUCAGUUCCAAUGCAUGCUUGCAAUGAUGGUUGUAAAGUGAAUGGACAGUUUAAUGGCAUACCACCAGAAAAUUGUGCAUUUUCAAAAACCACAGAAACCUUGUUUGAAGAAAUUUUACUAUCCACUGGUUUUGAUGUGAAUGUGAGAGAAAAAAGGUCCCCUGACAAUCCUGUCUGUCAAAUUGGGGAUUCCUCCAAAAGUGUCCGUAUUUUGUCUUUGGAUGGAGGGGGAAUUCGUGGUUUGGUUCUCAUUCAAAUGUUGGAUGUGUUGGAGAAGAUGUUGGGGAAACCUAUUGCAAACUAUUUUGAUCUUGUAGCUGGAACCAGCACUGGUGGAAUUCUAGCAUUAGUCUUAGCAACUGGAAAAACAAUGAAAGAAUGCAGAUGCCUGUACUUUCGACUGAAAGACAAGGUAUUUGUUGGGGUUCGCCCAUAUGAUGCUGAUUUGCUGGAGACAUUUCUUAAAAAUGAGUUAGGAGAAUCUACUGUAAUGGGAGAUAUUGAGAAGCCAAGAAUUAUGAUAACUGCAACAAGGGGAGAUAGAAAACCUGCAGAUCUACACAUAUUUAGGAAUUAUAAAUCCCCUUUGGAGCUUCUUAAUCAUGUUGAAAAAGAUGCACUCACAAAUGAAGUUCUUCCUAAUCCAAGAGAUCAACUGAUCUGGCAGGCUGCCAGGGCCACGGGAGCUGCUCCCACCUACUUCCGUCCCACGGGGCCUUACAUUGAUGGAGGACUCAUCUCCAACAAUCCCACGCUAGACGCUUUGACAGAAAUCCAUCAGUGCAAUCAAGCACUUAUGGCAACAGGCCAAGCUGAUCAAAUAAACAACAUAAAGGUGGUGGUUUCCAUGGGAACAGGUAGACCUCCCCUCGUCCCUGUCAACACAAUCGAUGUGUUCCGUCCAGAUACACUGUGGGGAGCUUGCAGGAUGGCUUUAGGAGUUACCAAUUUAGGCCAACUUCUUGUAGAUCAGGCUACUCAAACUGAUGGUAGAGUGACUGCUCGAGGGCAAGCUUUGUGUAGCAUGCUGAACAUUCCAUACUUUCGGCUGAAUCCUCAACUGACAGAGAAUGUUGCCCUUGAUGAGACGGAUACCAAAAUUCUUGUGAAAAUGUUAUGGGAGACAACAGCCUACAUGUGUUGCAUGAAAUCUGAAUUGGAACAUCUGAAAAAUCUUUUGGUGACAUGAUAAUUUUAUAGGUCUUAAGUUUAAUGAUUUAAGAAAAAUUGCAAAUUGAAUAUCCAAACUUGACAAAUGAAAUUAUUAUUAUUUUUUAUGUUAGCUGCAUAUAAUAUUGGAUUUUUCCAUUUGCUUUUAUAUUUUCAUUUAUUGACUAAAGUAACUGUUUAUUUAAUUCCAUUAUUUUAUUGCUGUUCCUCUUUGAUCAACAAGAAAUAACAAAAAAUGAAUUGCAAUGUACUAAAAUUAUCGUAUGGAACUCCCCUAUACUUUUAAUUAAUGGAAAAUGUAUAUUUUAACAUGAAUUACAAUAUCAAGUAAUUAGUAUAUGAAUAUAAAAAUUGAUAGUUAUAAUGAUAUUUGAAAAAUGCAAGGAAGUUGACUUUUAUAUACAAUUAAAAAUAUUAGGACAAAAUAUUUAUGAUGUAAAAUAUGAAAUGUGAUUUUCAAAGUAUUGAAGUAUUUGAAAUGUAUUUAGAUAAUCACUAAUUUUAUCUUUUUGUUAAGUUUGAUUUUUAAAAAGUUU